AGUGCCACAGGGUCCCUCCAGUCUCAGUCUUCUGACUCCUCAAGUCCACCACUUACCAUGGAGAAGAUUCUUAUCCUGUUGCUGAUCUCCCUGGCUGUAGCCUAUGCAGCCCCAGACCCUCGGGGCCUGAUCAUCAACCUGGAAAAUGGGGAGCUGUGCCUGAAUAGUGCCCAGUGUAAGAGCAAAUGCUGCCACUCAUCUGGUGUUCUGAGCGUGGCCCGUUGUACUGAUAAAGCCCGUGAGAACAGUGAAUGUUCUCCCCUGACACUCUACGGAGUUUACUUCAAGUGUCCCUGUGAGAGGGGAUUGACCUGCGAGGUGGACAAGACCAUUGUGGGCACCAUCACUAACACCAACUUUGGUGUCUGCCGUGAUAUUGGACGUUCAAAGGAGUGAAGUCUUUCCCCACCUUUCCUCACCUUUCCCUAGCUUUUUUCCACCAACCCACCAGAUUCUCUUUUAAUUAAAGAAUAUCUAGCAAA